AUGGCCCAUCUAUCACGACAUGAUCCCCUCUCCAUACAUAUCGAGUUGCAAGAUGAGUUGGGACGAUUCAACCUGUGGGCUGGGAACAUUGGCGUGUUCGCCCCGCUGCAAGCGUCUCUGGACUUUCGCCUCAUCGAUGUUCCUGAUAUCAGGGCCCAAUUCUUGAGGCAGCUGGACACACUAAGCAUAACUCUUACCCAGCUAAACGAAGCAGCUGUCCAAGCCAGCACGGAUGAAAAUGAAGAUUCACACGACGAGAAUGCCACUAGGGAAGCGGACGGUUCACUGGUAUCGGAGCAUGACAUCUUCGACCUUGUUCAAUCUAUCCAUGUGACCAUUGAUUGGCUUCACAGGCUCUCUAAUCUCGUACGAAAGGCGAGCUUCGGCAGCCAGAAUCAGAGAGCCGCCAGGUUCCCCCUGGAAGAUGAGGCCGGCAACGACAUCACCGAAUGUCUAGCAGAGAUGUUUAAACAUCUGAUUAAACGAGAGUGUUGUGAUAUCUCGGACCAGAUCUUAAAUCGGCUGGCGCAGACAAUGAUCAUCAGACGUCGUCGAGUGCUUUACAGGCGGUCGCGUCAGAAGCGUUGGGUUUUGCAACAAGAAGCAUAUCGACCGCGACAUUUGGACCCACCAGCACAGCUAGCCCCGUUGCAAGAAGAAGAAUAUUCCGGAGAGGACCACGAAAGAAGUGAAGUGACUGAGGAGGUCGAAUUUGAACCCGAAAAUCGUGUCAAAGUUGCACCCAGCGGGAUGACUGUCACAACUCUUGAUCAGCAAAAAUAUAGAAAGCUGGCAGCCCCUUCUCGGAUAUCUCGCGCAACAACCGCGCCACUCCAGCACGAUGAGAAACUUCUUGUUCCACCGCGGCCCCAUCUGGCGAAAUAUGGAAAGGAAUUUGUUUGUGACUACUGCUGCCUUAUCCUACCCAGCAGCGAGGCUGCCGAUCAAGACACCUGGGCAAAUCAUGUCAAAAAGGAUCUGGAUCCUUACAUUUGUGUAUUCGAUGACUGCACACAGCCCUAUCAGAUCUUCUCGUCCAGCAAAGAGUGGCUGGCACACAUGCGGUCGGAACACCGCAUGAGCUGGCGAUGUGUUGUCAGAGAUCAUCCUCCGCAGAUAUUCGAGACCCCCGAAGCUUUUUUGAAUCACAUGACAGAUGCCCACCCGGGAAAGUUUCGAAAAGAUCAGCUGCCUUUCAUCGCGGAGAGCAGUGCGCGGGCUCUCAGCCCUACCGUGCCUGCGUGUCCAUUCUGCGAUGAGGACUCCGGCGACCUUGAGAAUCAUGUGGGAAAACACCUCUGUCAUUUUGCACUCCAGUCCCUGCCGUGGCCAGACCACUUGUACCAACACUCCGAGAUUAUGAGCGAGCCGGAAAUGAACAGCUCCAGCUCCGAGGAUGUCGAGCGAGAAACUAUCAAGGACGACUUGGACGAUAGCCUCGGUUUCAUUGACGUUGAAUGGAUCCAUUCUCUCGAUACAGAGCCAGAGCCUUUGUUGGAUAUGCCUGUGUCUUGGCCCAUCAUUCAAAAGACUUUCCCCGAGCCGGAUCAGGUCUUGAGUGAACUCGCAGCGCACGUCGCCAGACGCGCGACCAUUGGCGCAAAGGACAUCCAUGGAAAGCCAGAGACACUUGAUGAAGAGCUUUUCCAAGUCAGAGAGCAGCUUCCUAACGUCGUGUUGAUCGGUGCUGACACGGAUACCCGCGCUUUCUCAACCGCCGUCUCAGGAGCCUUAACCACCUAUGCCGAAUCUCAAAGACCAAAGCCGAUAGGCCCUAGGCUCGGGAGACGCCCUAAGCUCGGGCCAGGCCCGUUUCCUGAGAAGGAAUGGUUGUCGGCGUAUUUGGGCCAUUCGCAGAGCCAUUCGGAAGGCCAUUCGCAAGACCGUAUGCUUCGUGCUUCACUGCGAGGACCCUGGGGUUUCGAAGGGGAGCACAUUGUGCUCAAUGUCGAGGUCGCUGUCCCUGACGCUUACCCCGAAGCUCAGGCCCCCAGUUUCACAAUUGAGGAAGAUGAACAUAUGCCUGAAAGGAUACAGGCUUGUCUCGGAGCGGUUUUCUCGUACUUGCUAGGAGAGCGCGAUCUGACUUCCAUCAUCGACAUGUUCAAGAACGAGAGGGGACAUGCGAUUCCGGUUGGAGAUGUGGACGAGGAUAAGCCCCCAGCUUCUCCAAUCUCACAGACAGACGGACUCAAAUUCGCAAAGGUCGCCCACAAACAUGGAUCAACGGAACCGAAGACGGAAGCUCAGCCCAAAUCUGGCUACUUGGCCAAGAGAGGAAAGAAUUUCGGUGCCUGGAAAUCCAGAUUCUACGUAGUCGAAGGCCCGCAACUGGAGUACUACGACGCGGCAGGAGGAGCCCAGCUGGGAUCUAUCAAUCUCCAGGGCGCGCAGAUUGGCAGGCAGCAACCUCGGGUUGACACACAGUAUCGCCAUUCUCUGUUGAUUCUGGAGCCCAAGAAAGGUUCCAGUACGAUAAGACACGUGCUGUGCGCUGAGAGUGAUGAAGAACGCGAUCUCUGGCUUGAGGCUUUGUUGCCCUGGACCAACCACACGGAUUCCGGCGAGAUGCCCUCAAGCGAGCAUGAUCCAUCCGGAGCGUCUGAAUCACAGACGGCCAUUCCCCAACUCCACACGUUUCUCAUACAAGAGAAUGGGAAAUCGGUCAAUAUGGGCAAUGAACACCCAUACCGGCGGCUUGACGAGCUUGCAAGGACUUUACCCGAGGCUAUGUACAGGGCGAACGAGCUGGAGCUUCAUCUGAUGAUCCCUGAGGCGCAUUCCGUCCAGCCUAGUGGUAUGCCAAGUGGGCAUGGACUGGACAGAUACGUGGACACCCAAGAAAACAUCGAUCCCAGCAGCGGGGGUGCACUGCGCCAUGCCUUCGACGGGACAUCCCAUGAAUCUCAGCCUCGGGAAAGCGUCAAUGUUGAUGACACGGAAAACAUUGGUCCUAGCAGUUCAGUGCAAUACACGCCGCCGCCGGAAGAUGCUGAUUUGGUCGACCAGUCUGCCGGCCCUUCCAGCAAUGCCAAAGACAGCCAACAACAUGGACACAGCGUUGACCGUGAUUCUUUCACAGCAUUGCCAGUGGGAGGAGGGACGUUGCGCAAGGGCUCCAAGAAAAAGGGCAAGGACAAGCACUCCCAAUCUCGAUCGGAAGUUCUCUCCGUUCUUAGUGUUAUUGCCACAAUGCAGGUAACUCAUUAA